AUGCACGCGAUGACUCAGUUCGGCACAGAUGCACUACAAGGGUCCGUUCUCGGCUCAUGGCGACAUGAUAUUGACGCAGACGUCUCCACAGGAAUAUCUGGCCUCUUAAACGAUGAAAGGAGCCGUGACGAAGGUCGCGAGUCGGGAGAAGAGACCGACACCUCUUUCGAGUCUUGCGAGACUCCGCUCCCCCAGCGUGGUGGCCUUCGGUACUGGGCACCGCGACUUUAUGCUUGGUUGGCACCACGGGUGGGAAAUCGAGCAAGGUGUGCCAUUGCGCUUACCUUUGCGUUACUGGAAGGUUCGAAAGAACGGGCCUGGGAUUUUGCCGGGCACGAAGUGAACUACUUGUCGAUUGAGGUCAUGGCAUGCGCUGUGUCUUUGACCAUCGCGUUGUGUAUCUCCUUCUUCAUGGAGGGGCAAUGGGGAGCCAUAAGGGUAUUUUCCUUUGCCGCUCUUUGGCGGUGGAGCUUCGUGGGGUUGCUUUUUGCUGCAAAAUCCGUGCUUUUGACAAUGUCUGUGGAGUCGGGCUUGCACCACAUGAUAUUCGUCAUGAUGGACAACCUCUACGUAAUUGUUGCUGCGCUUGUGAGCUUCUUUGUCUUUAGCAGAUUGUAUGGUAAGCUGGAAUGGCUGUCGCUGUCCAUGCUGAUUCUGUCAUCCCCUGCCUUCUUCAUUAUGCGUGAGCGGUGUGACGUGAACUAUUGUGGCUACUUUAAUUUCAAGCACCCCGACACCAACUUCAGUGGGAUUGCGAGCGCCUUCGUGGGAAUUUCUGUGGGUGCAGUAGCGUCAGUUCUAUCCGAGCGAAUAUUCAAGAAUCUGUCUCGUGGGAUUGAGUUGGCGCACCGUGACUACACCUUACACGGAAAGUACUACAUCCAUCGGGUGCACCUGGACUUUGUGACUUUCAUUCUUCUUGGAGCAGUUUGGACCUGGCAGUAUUACUUCCAGCACGGGCCAUCAUGGGGAUCCCGCACUGAUGUCAUGUUUGGCUCCUGGAGCAGGCGCCACUUCGUGCUCCUUUUUCUCACGGUUGGACAGAUGUGGUGGGCUGGCCUCGUCGUUCAGCAUUUUUCGACCGUCACAAAAUCCCUCAUUCAGACUGUUGUUGGCGUUUUAAGCGCAUGCAUCAUUGAUCCGAUGAUGGGGAUCACUCUGGGACACAACUGGGGAAUCCGAUCGAUUCCAUCAACCUUGAUCGCUAUUCUCGUUGUCAUCUGCGCUAUUCUGUUCCAGACGGGAAGACUGAAUGUCAAGCUUCUAUGGAAAGCAACCGGGUUUACUCCGAAGCGAGAGCUGGGGGGCCUUCAAGCGUGCAGGCAGUAUGUUAUGGAGAUGAUGUGCUCCACUGCUAAAGACGAGGACGCUGCAGACACGCCCUCGCCAUUGUGCGGCUAUAUUCUGAAGUACUCUUUACCCGUCUUGUACAUUGUGUCAAACGCACUGCAGACUGAGUUCCAGAAUGCAGUAUCGGCGAAUCGUUUCUUUGUGCCCCAGUCGCUGCAAGUAGGCAUACCCUUCUGUGGGAUGGGCUUGGCUUGUGUGCUAACGAUGAACAUCUAUGGUUUGUCCGGGCUCAAGGAGGCCUUCAAUCCCAGAAACCUGCCGAAGUUCUUGCUGCUGGGAUUAUUGCAGUCUGUUGUGGGUGCCUUGGCUGGUCUGUCGAUGGGUCUUGGCAUCAAUUCCUCGCUGUAUGUGGCCAUGGGAAAGAUCUAUACUCCUCUUUCGCUGGUCCUUGGUCGUUGGAUACUGAAGCGCCGAUACCUGUGGAUCGAAUGGCUGUCCGUCACUGCGUUGUUCGAUGCGUCGAUCACUCUUGCCUUCAUGGAUGCUGCAGUUGCCGGUAGGACGGCAGGGAAAGGUUCAAGUGUGGCCGCCAUACUUUGCGUGGCCGCAUCGGCAUCGUUCGCUUGCAUUUACUCCGUGAUCAUGGAGGUGGCACUUCAGAAGACGACAACGCCUUUCAUAAUAAAUAAGAUCCGGCUCGAUCUCGGAGCCUUUCUGUGGGGCAUUGUUUUCUUACCGGUCAUGGGGUACCUUGGAAUCAAGGGAGGACGCCCUGACCUGGCAUUUUGGGUCUUCCGGCCGAGCCCGUACUGGGAUUGCCAUUCUGUUGGAUCCUGCAACGAAGCAGGUGCCUUCAUCAGUUUGAAUAGCACUACAGUCACUACAUCCCAAGAGCUUCACUGCCUUUGUGGUCGUGGCAUCUUGUUGGGUUGGGACUCCUGGAUUGUCUAUGCAGCGCUGGCGGCUGGCGUCCUCUACAGCUGGCUGACGGGAAAGGUCAUCGAGCACUUUUCCACGGUCAUGCGGUCUGUCUUUGAUGGCUUUCCGAUCGUACUUCUGUGGUUUGUCAUAUCCCCAACAACCUCGCGCAUACCUCUGCAGGCCUUCCGAGACUUUUACAACACUGGGCCCAUUCCGUUCAUCAACCGAGAUUGGGGCAAAGAUCUGAUGACAAUCGUAAAUCCACUUAGUGCCAUAACAUACAUUGAAGCAGCCGCACAAGUUCGAGAAGUGAUGGAGCUUCGUAAAAAGAAUGGCGAAGAGGCUGAGAUAGCGCUGCCGCUGUCUUCUGAUGAGGACAGCGCAGGUGGCAGCACGGAGGGCAGCACAGACACGCAAAGUGAGUGUGCCUGUUGA